GACCUAGCGGGCAAAUCUAGAGCGCGCACUUUCCAAUUUUUUCCCUUAAACAUGCCAGACGGUGAAAAGCCCGUGAUACCUCCUGCUCCUGCAAUACACAUAGAGCGAACGUUAGCGUUAUUUAAGCCAGACGCAGUUCACAAGAGCGAUGAAAUCGAAGAAAUUAUACUUCAACAUGGUUUCACCAUUUUGCAGGUACUAAUGAAUCAACCGUGUUUUCUAUUUUCUUGUUAAUUGUGAUAGGCCAACAAUUAUGAGUAACUGUGACUUUGUGAGCUUGAUACUCUUCGAACCCGAAGGAAUGUGUGAGGAUGCUUCCCUACAUUAGUUAAAUUAUGAUUACCUCUGAGCAGAACUGUAUCUAGUCAAAUACCCUAUCUAAUUUUUUUUGGAUACCAAACAGAAAAGAAGAGUGCAUAUGACACCAGAACAGACAAGUGAUUUCUACGCCGAACACUAUGGUAAAAUGUUCUUCCCAAGCCUUGUGGCUUACAUGAGCAGUGGGCCAAUUUUUGCUCUUGUCUUAGCAAGGAAAUCAGCAAUUACUUACUGGAGACAGCUGAUUGGACCAACAAACACGCAAAAAGCAAGAGAUCAGGCACCAGAAAGGUGACAGACUUUUCAAUUUCCCUUGUACUUCCAGGGUUUCAAUCCUAGUGCAUGGAUGCUAUUUUUUGGCACUGAUUGGUUUUUAAAUGGUCAGAGAACAUCCCUUAGAAUCCAAGGACCUAAACAUUACAUGUAAAUAUGCAGCUUCCAAGCAAUAAUAGCAAAUGACCCACCCAUUAAUUUUGUGCAACUCUACUGGCUACUUAUUGUCACAUGGUACAAAAUCACCAAGUAGUAUCACACAAUUACCCCUAUAUACAUCAAUAUUUGUCCUCUGAUUAUGUUGAAAAUAAAAAAAGCUAGUGGAAAGAAGCAAACUCAAGGGUUUUACUUUUUCAUUUUUUUUUACUUUACAUGUAGGAAAAAUAAACUCAUUUUGUAGAGCUUAGUGGUAGUGAAAUAAAUAAGCUGAUCUCAAAUAUAGUUCUGAAAAGAAAAUAAUGCAACAAAAGUUGCUGUCAAUAUGUGAUAUUAAAAUAAAUGGUAAGGAUAUUAAAAAAAGAAAAAACCCUUCUGGCUUGCUGGUAAUUUUCAGCUGAUUAUGUCCUUGGCUGACAGAUUGUCCUCAAAUUUCAAAUUUUCCCUGGAAGCUUCACUUUUUGGCCAAAUAUCCAUUUUUAGGACAAUCUCUUAGCUGUUGACAUUAUCAGCCAACAUACCAGCCAAUUGAAGGGCUUUUUUACGAAAUGGUUUUCUCAUUUUGGUAAGCACUUAAAUGUUGUUAUUCUUAUGUUUUUGAGAGAAUGUUUGGACUCAAGCCCCAAGAACAAUAGGGAGGCUGUUUAAUUUUUGGUAUGGUCAACCAUAUGCAAAUUUCUCUGGCCUCUCCAUUGUUUUGAACAAACUCAUCAAUUGAAACUUCCCAUUUAUUUAUUUAGUCCCAAUGUGUGAACAAAGAAACCAACAGUUGUACACAAUCAGCCCCAGAGGUACUUACAUAUGAUAGGCUUAUGGGGAUGUGCUGCUGGAUGGGUUGAUUUUUCACAACUAGAUUGACAAUAGUGGGGUUACUAGAGUAAGGCUGCAAAUUUUCGGGAUAGUUUGAGUAAUAAAUUUCUGGUAAGGAAGGAUUGAAAAAUGGUAAGAUUUGCAUUUUAAAGGUUGUUACCUUUGGGAUUAUGAAAAUUACUUGUAGAAUAUUUAACAUAGUAGUGACAUUUGAGUUCAAGCCUUUUGGUACUGGACAUGAAUUUAAAAGGAAACUCUUUUUGAAUUUAUUCAUACAGACUUUCAAGACAAAUUUUCAUAUAAUAAGGACAUUAUUUUUAUCUCUAGUUUGAGAGCAGUCUAUGGUACAGACAGCACCAAAAAUGCUCUUCAUGGAAGUGACAGCUACUCAAGUGCAGAAAGAGAAAUACAUUUUUUCUUUCCUGAUAGUAAGUGAAUAGAAAUUUAGUCUUAAAAAACCUAACACUAUAAACUCCUUUAAAAUCACUCUUUUUUCUCCUUCUUAAAUCACCCUUGGUUACUGUGUUGAAUCAAUUUCCUGGUUGUUAAACAUCAUAGGUGUUGUGGAACCAGUUUCAACUGGGCAAGCAGCCAAAGACUACCUCACAAGAACAGUAACUCCAACUUUACUCAAAGGACUCACAGAAUUAUGCAAGAUGAAGCCUGCUGAACCAAUAGUAAGCUUUUACAUUUGUGUUUGGUCCAACAAAGUCUUGCAGAAAGGCUGAAGCUACUGUCAAAGAGAGGAAAGGUAUUAGGGAGAGAUACUCCCAACAUGCAAGUUCUUGGUGUGGUUUGGAUGUAAAUGUCCACUUUUUUUGCCUUUCACUCUCAAAUCAGGGAUUCAUAGCCUUCCAUUUUACAUUCUGUCAGUUGCUGGUAUUAUACAGCUGUUUGGCUUUGUGACUUGGAAAACAGUUUAAAUAACUUGACGCUUGCCUUGUUUAUUGAUAGAUUUGGUUGGCAGAUUGGUUAGUGGUGAACAAUCCAAACAAACCAAGAGUUCAAGAAGAAGGUUAUACUGUUGAAGAACCAGAUGACUAA